GUGCCGCUGCUCGUGUGCCCUCCCAAUAGUCUGCUGCUCGUCGCUCUCUCUUUCGUGCUUGACAAGAUGGAUCCGCCUUCUCCUUCUGGUGCUCUCGUCGCGUUGGGCCCGGUAGAUCCGGAAUGGCAGCCGAUUCUGCACGUCUCGAACCAAGUGGUCCUCUACAACCCGACCUCCCACGCCAUCUCGAUACAAACGCACUCCAGGCCCUCUUCGCGUUCCUUGACACAUGCUGGGCGCUGUCCGUACUGUCACCGUGCGCUAGCUGGCGAGGUCGGACACGAUGAGGAUGACGCUUUCGAAACCGAGGUGGAGGACAUCGAACGGAACUCGAACCGUGCCCCCAACUACUUCCACCUGCUUGAGGUGGCGAACGAGUCGUCGAGGCCUGCCAGCCCAGAAAGCAUUGCGGGUCCUUCUGCGUCGGAUGCGUCUGCGGGUCCUAGUGCAUUCCGUGCGGACAAUAUGGCAGAGGGCUAUUUCAAGGCGUUCUUCCAGGAGGUGUGCAGGCUCGGUAUGGGGGCCAAUGGCAGUGUAUACCUAUGUCAGCAUAUGCUUGACGGGAAUUCUCUCGGCUACUUCGCUGUGAAGAAAGUCGCUGUAGGGCAGUCCCAUACCUACCUUCUUAACACUCUACGCGAGGUCCGCUUGCUAGAGAAGCUGCAACAUCCUAAUAUUAUCACAUAUCACCAUGCUUGGCUGGAGUCUUCCCAGUUCUCCUCGUUCGGACCCAGGAUACCCACGCUGCACAUUCUUAUGCAAUGGGCUGAAGGCGGGAGUCUUGACGACUUCAUUGACGUACGGCUCGGCCGGCGGGCUCCUAACCUCCCUCUGCAUCCAUCUGGGCCCUCUUCAAACGACAGCCAGUCGUCGCCUUCCCCUUCAACAGUACCAAGCCCGCCGGAACACAUGUACUCGCGUAGCGCUCGAAUACGUGCCUUCCGUGCGCUGCAGCGGGCACCUCCCGAAGAACGCGAACGCUUGCGCCGGGAGAUGGGGCUGAACGGCAACGGUGCACAAGCACAGGGCGCUGCAAAGACACCCGCAGACUACAAGGCAGUGCAUCUUCUAAGUGCCGAGGAAGUCCAGGGUUUGUUCUCUGACGUGGUCUCUGGGCUAGCUUUCCUUCACGAGAAGUCGAUAUUGCAUCUCGAUUUGAAGCCCGGGAAUGUGCUUUUGACAUGGGACGAAGGGCGGUUGAUACCGAGAGCAAUGCUGUCCGACUUCGGGACGUCACAGGAUAUGUUGAAUGCGCGGACACGCUCAGGCAAUACCGGCACACUUGAAUAUGCCGCGCCAGAGUCACUACCUUCACCCACUACCGGUAAACUCCUCCAGGUUGACUCUAAAGCGGACAUGUGGUCCCUCGGCAUGAUCCUGCACAAGCUGCUCUUCUUCCGUCUCCCCUACCACUAUUCCUCCGACAGCGAAAACCCCAGCAGGCCCACGGAUGGAAAGGACUUCGCUGACAGACUUGAGGAUGAGAUUUUGCGCUAUCGUGGAUUCAAAUCCACAUCGGGGCUGGUAACCACCUUCGAGUCUCGCAGACUUCCGCGUGCAUAUCUUUACCUGCUGGAGAACCUGCUGCACGUGAAGCCGGGGACGAGGCCGUCGUCGGAGCGCGUGCUCGGUGCUAUCAAGGAGGGUGGGCUCAAGCCCGUCAAUCUGGCACGGCGUGCCGAGGCGGGGACCUCGACCAUGGCACUUGCACGUCCGCACCAUCGUAUCAGUCCGGAGAGGAUGCACAACGGCUAUCCGACCACAAUACAAGAACAGAGCGACUCGAACGUGGAAGAGAUCGACGAAGAGGAUGAGGUCUCCAGUGAAGACGAGAAGACACCGCUCCUCGGGCUUCCCGAGCCCGAGCCUAUACAACCCCCGACACCAGAAGGCUGGUCGCACACCCUACGGCUCUGGGGCUGGCGCGUACCCGCACGCCUCCCGCGGGUCAUCUGGGUGCGCACGCUGAAGUCCUCGAUUCUCGUCGGCAAGGUGCUGUCCCUUUCGCGCGUGUGCCCCGGAACCACGCCGCAACCCGUCCUUACCGGCGCAGCGCUCGCACUCGCGGUGAUGGACACCUGGUUCGACGGUCUUGGGGCGACACUUUUGCUGGGGGCCGGCCAUGUCGCGCUGCUGUCGUUGGCGUGCUGGACGGGCGAGUGCUGCGAGUGAGGGUUUCUGGCCGUUGUUACCCGGUGCUAGCCGGGACCACAAAGGUAUCUGCUUACGACGGGUGGAGGACAUGGACCUGUUCAGUUUCUACUGUCAUUGCUAGCUUCGGGACCUCGUGUGAUAUUCUGGGUAUCUCUACCAUGUAUUAAUGCAACACGUCUACGCUAGGUUACGGUAUGUGUAUGCUACUAU